AUGGUGACCUUCGGCGGAGUGAUCGCAUGCUAUCUGUACCACAUCUACGUGCAGCAUCUUCCGGCCGGAACGCUCAUGGCAACGUUCAGCCAAUACGGUCGAUCGUCCGACUUCGUCAUGGCUUUGGUGAAAGCCGCGAUCUUCGGCCUCGCUUCGACUUCGGUGGCCACUUUCAAAGGUCUCCAUGCAAAGGCGGCCCCCGCGGCGUUGCGCCGACGCAGUCAACGAGGCCGUCGUCAUUGCGUUCGCGCUCGUCUUCCAUCG